GUUUAUUCAGUCAGUAGUCCCGGUUUUAGAGCGGAAUAGCUAACAAUCCAAUUGCAAAAUGUAAGGGUUUAAAAAUAAGGCUUUAUUCAGUCAGUAGUGCCGGUUUUAGAGAGGCACAGCUAACAAUCCAAUAGGCCUUUCCCUUUAUUACGUCAGAAGCCAUGCGCGCGCUAUGAAUUCUGGGUAUGGUAGUUAAGGCGACCUUCCAAGAAGUGAUUUACUUGUUUACUUCGAUUGCUCGUCACAUUUCUCAAUAUUCAAAAUGGAUUCUUCUACCGAUAACAAAACUGUUAACGAAGGAAGUCAUGUCGCUAGUCUUUUUCAAGACACUUGCCAGGGGAACCACAAAGAAACCUUUUCGUAAAAGAUGAUGGAAGGUCAGUUAUCUGUUGUGGAAGGGUCAACUAGGCCCAAGCCAGUCGUAUCUUCGCCUGAUGAAGAGUAUCAAGAGGAGAUGUAUAAACAGGAGGGCUGGAUAAAAUCUUUGCGAUUAAUGCCAAAUUUCGAUACAAUGAAGCUGAAUGAUAAACUAAUUGGGUCUCUGGCCAUGUCUAGAAGCAAAGCACCGAAAGCCUACCGUAACAAAACGCAAGGGUAUAAGUUGUGGAAAGAGGGUUACGUUCGUUGUGUUUUUGUAAAACCGAACUUGAUUCAGAAUGAUAAUACUUUAUUCCUUGUAAGAGUAAGGGUGUAUGCGUCAAUGAAGACCAAUAGUUACAAAGUUUAUGCACAUCUAGACCAAGACAAAGGUGAUGUAAUUUUUGCCAAGUGUGACUGCAAAGCAGGCCAGGGUGGUUGCUGCAAGCAUGCUGCUGCUCUUUUGUACACCUUAGUUGACUAUGUGAACAUGGACCUACAGGAUGUGCCACAAGAACUUACCUGUACACAAGUAGGCCAAAAGUGGCAAAUUCCAUCAUCUGUCAAUGGACUAUCAAAGAAAGCCUUCAAAUUUGAUUUUUUGGUUUUUGAAAAGGCUGAAGAAGGGAAAAAAAGAAAGAAGCCUUGUCCGAGUGGAGAAAGAAAUUAUUGUGCCACCCCACCUGUUGCAUAUAAGACAAAUCAAGAGGAACUAGUAGAUUUAGUUAAUUGCCUUGAAAUAGCUGGAAAAAAAAAUCUAUUUUGUAAAGCAGUGAAGUCCAAUAGUUUUGUGCCUUGUGAAUUUUUUGAAACUUCCUGCUCAAAGGCUAUCAGUAAAAAAGUACUUAAGGGCAAAGAAGAUGAAGAAAAUUCCUCUUUGAUAUACAUUGAAAGACUAUUUGAGGGUAUGAGCACUAAAGAACCAUCUAGUUCAAGUCUUGCUACUUAUGCAGAAAUAGUAAGCAGAGUUGGAAUUACUUUUGAUGCAGGAAUCACAUUAUGUAAAAAUACUUUAAAGCAGAAUGAAGAGCAGAUCUGGCACACCGAAAGAGCCAAAAGGAUAACCUCAUCGAUCUUUGGAAGAGUGAUGAACAGGAGAAAGACCAUCUAUCCAGCAUCUAUUGUAAAGACAAUCAUUGAAAAGAAAGAGCACCGUAGUGGCCUACCGCUUUCCCUCAGAUGGGGGUUAGAAAAGGAGAGUGAUGCUAAAUUAUUAUAUCAGGAGCAGCUAGGUGAUGAAUUGAUAGUGGAAAAAUGUGGCCUAGUUGUAAACCCAAUGUGGCCAUGGCUAGGUUGCAGCCCAGAUGGAUUAAUUGUUGUUAGUGGCAAACCUAUUGGUGCAUUGGAAGUUAAAUGCCCAUAUUCCAAAAGAAACAUGCUGCUAACAGAAGCCAUAAAAGAUGACACCAAUUUCUUCCUGAUUGAGACUGGAGGAAAAUUGUUGUUAAAAAAGACGCAUGGCUACUAUUUUCAGUGUCAGGGGGUUUUAAAUCUUCUCAACCUAGACUGGAUUAACUUUUUUGUCUACACAUCAAUUGACUUUCAUGUAGAACGAAUUGAAAGGGACGAAUCAUUAUGGUCAUCCAAAAUGCUACCAACUCUCACAUCCUUCUUUACAGAGUUUAUCUUGCCAAAACUUGAAAAUUAAAUGUUAACAAACAAUCUUCUCAUAUCAUGUAUGUUUCUAUAUUACCUUCAUAAAACUGGACAGUGAAAUUUAUACUGGUUUCUUUAUUCUGAAGAAGAUGGCUCUGUGGCCUAAUAUAGGUGUAGGAGUAGGAGGGUUUAAUUCAAGUUAUUCAGUUGCCACUUUUCCUAUUUUGAUUGGCAAAAAUAUACUCACAAAGGCAACUGUGUUAGCUUAAUUGUAAGGCAUCUUAUGCUCUUCCUGACAGAAAUGUAAGGCAUCUUAUGCUUCUCAUUCAGUGCCUUGUUAUAAAAAAAAAUAAAGCUCAGUUUGGCAAUAAUUGGGAUUGCAACUUCAAAGCUGACAGCCUUGGAUGGCCCAGAAUCUAACACCAUUCAGUGAGCUUAAUUAGAAAGCACCAAAAUCACUGUAUAUGUACUUUAUUAUAUGAUCACUGUAUAUUACAUUUGUAUAUGCAUUUGUAAAGACAAGAAAAAAAAUGAUUUUAUAAAACUUUUAUUCAUCUGUUGAGAUCAAAGGAGGAACAAAAUUGGUCAAAUAUGCACAUAUGACCCAUAUUUUAUUUAGCUCUGAACACAUACUUAUGGGAAACACAGUUUUUAAAAUCCUAAAAGUCUUUAUUCUUGCAAUUGCUCUUUCCACAUGAAUUCUUAAAGAUGCAAUAAUACGGGUCUCUUGUUCCUCUGACAAAGAUAAGUGGUCCUUGUUUCUCAAGAACGGAGGAAUGUUCAAACUGACUCCUGCUGGCAAAUCAGUUUGUAUAUCAAAACCUUUAUCAGCCAUAAUGGCAUCCCCAGGUUCCAAAAGAUUGUAAAUACCCAAUGAGGUGAAUAG